GUGGGCGGCGCGGGGGAAUCAGGCAUUUGAGAAGGGCGCCCCCUCACUGAGAGAGAAUGGGGCUUUGCUGAGAGGAUCGGCAAGAUGGCGGCGUCCAGCCGAGCGCAGGUGCUGCGGCUCUACCGGGCCCUGUUACGGGAGAGCCAGUGCUUCGCCGCCUACGGCUACAGAACAUAUGCCAUCAGAAGAAUAAGAGAUGCCUUCAGAGAAAACAAACAUAUACAGGAUUCAGCGGAAAUACAAAAACUAGUGAAUAAAGCAAAAGAAAACCUAGAUAUUAUUCAUCGGCAGGUCACCAUUGGUCAAAUGUAUUCCACACAGAAGCUUGUUAUCGAAAAUCCAGAAAAUACAUAGCUAGAAGAUGAAUCCAAUUUUUGAAGCAACAGUGGACCAUCCUCAGCAUUCUGCAUUGCUGCACACAGAUAUUUAUGUUCGCUGCACAAGUAUGAGAGUUCAUUUUUUAUUAAAAGAAGAAAUGUAGGAGAGGCUCAGUUCUGACAACCAAAGCAAUAUGGAAUGUUUCCAUGAUUCAUACUCUAAGACGUACGGCUACGGCUACCACAGUAUGUAAUGUACCCAAUGCCCAUGUUUGCUUGUGUGUCAUAUGUAAUGAACAUGUUCAUUGUUCUUAUUUAACAAUAAAAUUUCAUGAGCUGAA